AUGAGCUCCUUUUUCAAAAGGCCUUCGUGGGCCAAGCAGGUGGAAGAAAAUGGUACUGAGUUCUAUCGACGCUCAGAACAGACCUAUUCCGACAUCAUUGCUGCACACCGAGAAGCACAUCAGAACCCGAAAAAGACAACAAAAAGCAUCCCAGAGGCUCCAGAGGAACCAAAGAAGCGGCGUCGCAUCUCUGACCCAGAGGAAAAAGUUGACCUCGCUCGAGAGAAGUUAGAUGAUGCGGAGCUCACACCGAACCCGCGGCUCUCGAGCUCUCCAAUCCCAUCCUCACCUGAACCAAGUGAUCGUGAGGCUGUUCAAAGCCAUAGCCCAGAGAUUCCUCCGCUGCCGCGGGAGGAACCUGGAUUUCCCGAGUCAUCGGCCCCUCUACACCCUCAACCAUUAAAUGUUUCAAAUGCCACAGAAACCCCAAGCCCUCCGGCUCAACCAAGUCCCCCAGCCUAUGACCCGAUCGUCCAGAUCAUGAUAUCCUCGGAGAUUGAGAACACAAAACCACUCCUCAUUCAUCGAAAAAUGUCACAGGGACUCAGAGAGGUGCGUUUGGCGUGGUGUAACCGCCAGAACUUUGCACCAGAGGCCCGUUCAUCCAUUUAUUUGACCUGGAAAGGUCGUCGGUUGUUCGAUGUAACCACUUGCAGGAGUCUUGGACUCUCUGCCGAACGGUCUACGGCCAUUCCCAGUAUUGACGACGACCCUUUUGCCGAACAGGACAAAUUGCGCAUACACCUAGAAGCAGUUACUGAUGCGCCAUUAUUGACCAGUCGACCCCUUGAAUCUGACAGCAAAUCUGGCCAGGGAGCAGCUCCCACUGAUGAUGACCAGGGCGAGCCAUUGAAACUGAUCUUGCGGAGUCCUGGAUUUGAAGACUUCAAGAUCAAAGCAAGACAGAAAACCCUGAUCUCACGGCUCAUCUCUGCCUUUCGAGACAAGCAGGACAUCUCCAUGGACCGCUCCAUUGCCUUAGUAUUUGACGGCGACAAACUUUCUCCGGAUUCUUGUCUGGGCGAUCAUGACAUUGACGAUCUAGAUCUGGUAGAUGUUCAGAUCCGAUAA